AUGCAAAUCAGUAAAGAGAUUGGAUGGCAAGUCUUUGACAAAAUGUUUCAACAAACAAAAAAAGGAAAAUCAACCGAUGAUCGUCAAGAUCUUGCAAGGGUCAUCACCCUUUACUUAUGCUUGAAACUUCUCAUGCCUACAACAGGCCAUACACUCAGUUGGAGUUUCCUUAACUAUGUUGACAAUCUCAACAACAUCAAGAAGUACAAUUGGGUUGAGGCAAUAAAAGACACACUGAUGAAUUCAAUGGCAAAUGCAAACAACAACCCAAGUACUGGUACUGUGAGCACAGUAAACUCCUCCGACCAUCUAACAAAGAAGGCUUCCCAAGGUCAUGACCAACCACAAACACCAACCAAAGAGGACGACAAGGACAAGAUCAUAUCAGCCAUGAGAGCACAAAUGCAAGAAAUGGAACAAAAAUUCAUGGCUGAAUUGCAUAAAAAAGAAGAUCAAUUGAAGGAAAUGUCCACCAAAAAAACUGGCAGUCCCCAACAAAGAUCCAUGGUCAAGAGAAUCAAACAAAAAUCAAGAAAACAAGCACAUGACCCAGAUUUUGAAUACCAACCAAUGACCAAACCCAAAGAACAUGCAACAAACAAGACACAAACUGCUGCUGAUGUACCCAAACCAACACAGGGUACCAAUGAAGAAAAACAGAAGAAGAAUGACAACAAAAAACAGGGUGCUCAUGAAGCAAAACAACAGCAGAAAGAAAAGAUGCAAGAACAUAUUGGCCAAGAGAAACCAGUUGCUGCUGAAACAAACCCAAAAGAGCAUGCCAAUCAAAAGAAGACAAAUCUUCAAGUAUUGGAAAGUGAUGAUGAUUCCCAGGAAGAAUCAAUCCCAAACAAGCCACUCACCAUUUCAUGCCGCAAAACAAACAAGGUUUGGCAUAGCCUAUCCAAAAAAGACCAAGACCAAAUUCAACUCAUCAACAACACACAAUCAACUGCUUGUGUCUGGUCUGGCAGCGAAGAUGAAAACUGCGUAUACUUUUCAGAUAUAUGCAGAUUGACCAACAGGGAACCCUUAUAUGGGAAUGUCAUUGAUGCCUUCUCAAAAAAGCAAUUGGCACUCCAACCAACCAUUGAAGAAUUUGAGAAAAACGAUCUAGUCUUUGCAAGCAAUCCAUACGCAGGAAGAUCUUACGUUUUCUCAACACUCAUCAAUACUCCACUACAAAACCAAGAUCAAGCACUGAGAGAAAAACUGAUGGACAGCCAUUUUCCAGAAGCAAUGAAAAACAGAUAUAUCCAUUUCCCAAUCAACCACGACAACCAUUGGACAAUUGUGGUCAGCAAUCAAGGAAACAUGUUAUCAUCUCAAGAGUACGAGACAGUAAUUGCAUCAAUUAAGGAAUGGACACAACAAACCCUACACUCGAAUGAUAGUGCAAUCGCCGUCUGCAAUGUUAUCAACCAAUAA